UGUAUUAUGGGAUAUCAAACAACAAUAUCCGCGUUGCAAGGGCCAGGGAAUAAUUAGAAAUGUGCUUACAUUUUACGUCGAUAGUAUGGAUGUAAAAGAAAUGGGAGAACGUGUAUUUGCUGCAGAACGUUUGCUCAAGAAAAGGAUUCGAAAGGCGCGUGUUGAAUAUUUUGUAAAGUGGAAGGGGUGGUCACACAAGUUCAAUACAUGGGAACCAGAGGAAAACAUUCUCGAUCAUCGCCUCACCGAGGCGUUCAAUUCUGGGCUAGAUAAGGAAACUCUGCCUAAAAAACGGGGACCAAAACCGAAGAAGCGGAAACCAGAGGAAACCCAAAAAGACUCUUCAGAGAUGGACACAACGACAGAUGAGGAGGAAGACGACGAGACGACCAGUACGGAAAAUUCCGACUCCGAGACGGAGGACGAACUGUUUCAUUCCCAGAAAGACGAACAUUCCAAGAGUAUUCUCUCAAAAGACUCGAGUGGUGAGGAUAAGUCCAGAUCGAGAGGUGGAGAACGCUCCGACAAAAAUCACGACAUGGAUGACGAUGAAUCGAACAAUAUUUUUGACACCCCCGGAUUGAAACGAUCCGACUCGCCGUCACCCCCCGUGUUGACCCCCAUUCGACGAUCGUACCGACGAAGACCAAGUGGGAGAGGCCCGGGUCGGCCGCCCCUUAACCGGCCCUCUGUAUCAUCAAAUGAUGGCAGUGGUCCCCCGUCUCUUCGCGUGGUGAUCAGAGGUAGGGGUCGAGGAAGAGGACGUGGCAGGGGGCAUGCAGAGCCUCGACUUCGGGGUCGUGGGAGAGGAAGAGGUACUGGAAAAGUAGGCCGUCCCCGGGGAAGUGGAAAGGUGGGCCGCCCCAGGGGUCGCGCAUCAAUACACUCAUUUCGGCGCAGGCCCCGACUAAACAUUUUGACCGGGCUUCCAGACGAUCGUUUCCUUCAGGACAGACUGAAGAAGAUCAAACUGAAAGCGCUCGGAAUGAGCGCCAAACAAAGUGUGGCCACCAAAAAUAAACAGAAAGACAAAAAGAAAACCCUGAUGGGAGUGAAUGUGGUUGAAAAUCACAAAAGAGAUAAUAUAAAAAUGUGUGUGCCAAAGAUGGAAGACGACAAGGAAUACUGGUGUCCGUCUCCCGCGGUUACCAAGAACUUAGAUCACGUGAUGAUCACUGACGUGGCUGCAGACGACAGCAUGAUAACCAUCAGAGAAUCAACUUCGGAGGUUGGAUUUUUCAAAAAUCGGGAGGAAAAUACAGAGAUGCCGGGAACAUAACUGAUUUUAAGCAUUAUGUGCUUUUUACUUUUUAAUUAAGUCCAACGCGAAGUUGGAUGCAAAAAUCUGGCAUAAAGUAUUAAUAAGAGGUGCUAUAUUUUUAAAGUAAUGGACAUGCGUUUAAAAUCGAUUCCGAAGGAUGUAGAAAUUUGGACGAACUGUAUUGUAUACUUACCAUGCAUCCAAUUUGUAAAUCUUUGUUGAACAAUAAAUUGUUAAUUGUU